AUGCGCCUGGUCUCCAGUCAACACUGUCCUUUUGGCAUUCGAAGCGGCGGACACUCUGCAUUCCGGGGCGCGAACAGCGUGAACGAUGGAAUUACUAUCGACUUCAGCUACAUGAAUGGCACUACCUAUGACACUGACACGACCAUUGCGUCCGUCCAGCCAGGAGCCAGAUGGGGCGCCGUUUACGAUGCCCUCAACCCUUUCGGCGUAACAGCUGCAGGAGGGAGAGCUGACGUCGUCGGAGUCGGUGGCUUUGUUACUGGAGGCGACUACUCCUUCUACGCCGGAACAAUGGGCUGGGCGUGUGAUGCUGUCCACAACUUUGAGGUGGUGCUCGCAAAUGGUUCCGUGAUCGAUGUCAACCACAGCGAGCACGCGGAUCUCUUCCAGGCCAUGAAAGGGAGCUCAGGCAACCUUGGACUUGUCACGAGGGUUGACAUAAACACAAUCAAUUCGACCCAGAUCUGGGGCGGCUACCUGACAUACGAUUGGGCCGAUCGCGCCGCCAUCUUCAAAGUGUAUUAUCACUUCGCCGAGGACUUCGAAGUUGACCAGGCAAGCGAGGCUAUCAUUGUCAUGGCGUACGCAGCGGGUGAUCUUACCUUGUGGUCAAUCCUGAGCAACACACAAGCUAUAGUUGCACCGCCUGCUUUCAGCAACUAUACCGCCGUCGCGAACCUGUCUGACACUACCACUGUCGGAUCUAUCGCCGAAUUGGUACCUCAAUUCACAGGAGCGACGCCUCUUGGUGUACAUUCGAACUGGUUCAGCGGUUCGAUUUCCAACGCAGUCGUCACAGAUUUCUUGGAGUUUUACUACCAGAAUCUGGAUGAGUAUAUCGGAAAGAUGGAAGAAGCUAUAACUCACAACUCCUCCUUGAGUGUGGUUGGCAACAUGCAACCAAUACCUCGCAAAUGGGUAGAUAUCAGCAACGAGAUGGGCGGCAACGUCAUGGGCUUAGAAGGCUUAGUUGUGGACGGGCCGCUCGCAGCCUGGCUAUUCUCAGUCACCGUGACAGAUGAGGAUGACCAGCCGGCAGUCUUGGUCCUGGCGGAAGAGUUUGCGGGCAAACUGGAAGCAUAUGCUGACUCGCUUGGUGCGAACAAAAAUUGGCAUUAUUUGAACUAUGCCUAUAAGACCCAGGACCCUAUUGCUGGGUACGGGGAUGAAGCUAUUGCUAAGAUCAAGGCCGCCUCCGCGGCAUACGAUCCCCAAGGCGUGUUCCAGGAACUAAGACACUCGGGAUUCAAAAUACCUGUUUAG